AUGGCUAGCAACUGUUCCGCAAGCCUUUCCGCAUUCCGCAACGUAUUUUCUUACAGCAACAUAAUCUGUGGUGAAUUCCUCAACCGCUCCGCCCUAUCCACCCAAAUCUUUGCACCCAAACGUGAAUUCCCCGAAGAAUCCGACCAAGUCUUCUACGGCAAAGCCUCUUCCGCGCCCUUCAUUUCUUCCGGAGCGGAAAAAUCCGCAUCCCGAAUCUAUCAACAAUUCGAUGUGUUUGUUGAUUCGAUUCAUUUCGAUCAUCACAAUUUGUGGGGUCCCGAAGAGAUUACCGUAUCCAAAAUCAGGAAUUUGUAUUUUGAGCAAAUGUUGAAGGUGCAUCAUAUGGCACAGAUUGAACAACAUCAUUUGUGAGUUUGGGAAAGUGUGCCGCAAAAUUGCAGAAAAGGGGCGGAGCCUAGGCUAGAGACGCAGAGAAACAUAGAGAGCACAGAGACCCUUGACAGCUAUAGUGAGGGUAGAGACGUAGAGGGACAUAGAGAGUAGAGCGAUAGUAGAGAAGCUAGAGCACCAGGCAGCCAGACAUCUAGAGAGAACGGCUAGAGACGCAGAGGAACAUAGAGAGUUAAGAGAUAGUAGAGAAGCUAGAGCCCAGACAGACAGACAUAUAUAGAGAGAGAGAGAGAGAGAGAGAGAGAGCAAGGCUAGAGAGUAUGACGGAUUGAGAGAGCACAGAGAAACCAGAAGACUAGAGGCGCAGAGAGGUAGAGAGCACAGGUAGAUAGAGAGACCCUAGACAGCUAUAGUGAGAGUAGGGACGCAGAGGAACAUAGAGAGUUGAGAGAUAGUAGAGAAGCUAGAGCCCAGACAGACAGACAUCUAGAGAGAACGGCUAGAGAUGCAGAGAGCUAGAGAGCACAGAGACCCUAGACAGCUAUAGUGAAUGAGGAAAUAGAAGAGAGUAGAGACGCAGAGGAACAUAGAGAGAUAGUAGAGAAGCUAGAGCCCAGACAGCCAGACAUCUAGAAAGCACGGCUAGAGACGCAGAGGAACAUACACUCGCUCCGCUCGAGGCCGCUUCGCGGAAGAUACCGGGGCGCUUCGCGCAAGCUUGCGGAAAGACUAGCGGCACACCCGCGAGUCUUGAUUUUUAGGCUCCGCCCAUUUUUUUUUGCAAAUUUGCGGCAUGGUUUUCUGUCAAAUUCUAAUUUUAAUUUUUCAGAGAAAUCUCACCAGAAGAAAAAUCGAAACUCCACGAAGAAAUUCUCAAAAAUCGCCAUCAACUCGAAAAAUUGUGGCAAGAUUUACAAGAAAUCCGAAAAAAUCAACAAUUUUCAGCCACAACAUUGAAAUAUAUCCCGAUUUUAGAAGAAGAUCAAGAAGAUUGGAUGAAAUUCGGAAAAUGCGAAGAAAAUUGGCCGAAAGCUGGAAGAAUUCAACCGAAAAUGGAAAAAGAUCGAAUAACUCGACUGAAUCGAAUUGAAAUUCAACUUAUUUUAUUUUUUAAUGAAAUUGAAGUUGCACGAACUGAUUGGAUGAGUUUUAAACCAUUUUUGAUACCUGUUAUGAGAAGAUUUGAGAUGGAAAUUUAUUCGAAAAUUUGUAAUUCACUUUAUUUUGUGGUUUUGGAGAGAUCAGGAAAACGAGGAGGAAUUAGAGAAAUCGGAAAAGCUCAUAUUCCACUUCCCAAUGAAAAUGAUUUGGAAAUUGCGUUGCAUGAAGCGGUUUUUGAGUGUGAGCAGAUUUUUAAACCGUGAGUUCUCGAAAUUCAAAAUCCUCGUGAAAUUCCGGUUCGAAAGACAUCCCACAAGCCUAUAUUCUGAGAAAUUUGAAUUUUUGGGUUGCUACGCAGUCAAUUUUGAUACGUAGUGAGGAUUGUAGAGACUAUCAAGCUCUAAGAACUCAAAAUUCAGAAUCCUCGUGAAAUUCCGGUUUGAAAGACACCCCACAAGCCUAUAUUCUGAGAAAAAAUUAAAUUUUUGGGUUGCUACGCAGACAAUGUUGAUACGCAGUGAGAAUUGUAGAGACUAUCAAGCUCCAAGAACUCAAAAUUCAGAAUCCUCGUGAAAUUCCGGUUUGAAAGACACCCCACAAGCCUAUACUCCGAGCAUCUUGGGUUGCUACGCAGCGAAUUCGGGUAUAGUGAAGUUGAUACGGAGUUUGGCUAAUUUUCAAGCUAGGGUUCUGAAAUUAUUGGCUUCCGGGUAAUUUUUGACGCUGAAAACGAUGCAAGCAAUUAAAAAGGGUUAAAAUGAAGACUCCGUAUCAAUAUUCGCUGCGUAGCAACUUGGAGUUCACAUUGCUCAGAUUAUAUUGAUGUUGGGUGUCUUUCGAACUCAAAUUUCAUCCUGAAUUUAAUAAUCUAGGGUUAAAGCUGUAAAAUUCCCACUACGUAUCAAUAUUCGCUGCGUAGCAACUCAAUUUUUACAAAUUGCUCAGUUUAUAGUCUUGUUUGGUGUCUUUCGAGCCCAAAUUUCAUGCUGAUUUCAAAAAUUUCAUUUUCAGAAUCGGUGAAAGCCUCGGAACCAGCACAAAUCUCAAAGAAAAUGGUCGAAUUCUGUGUCGAGCAAUAAUGGAAAAUGGCGAAUUGAAAAGUUCGGAAGAGCGAAAAAUCAGUCAAAUUCUACAAAACAGUGGAAAAAAAGGGGAAAAACGGCAGAAAUUCGAAUUAAUUCCGGCUGAACUUUUAUUGGGAAAUUUGGAUUUUGAUGAAGAAUUGGAGGAAAAAAAGAAAUUGGAAGAAGAUGAUCGAUUACAGAAAAAAUAUACACAAAGAAGUGCGAUUGAUGCGAAAAGACAAGCAUCGAUUGAAUUUGCGGAAAUGAUGAGGUCAGACAUGUUUUAUUGUUCUCAGCGCAGAAAAUUACCCCGGGAUGUUGAUUUUUAGAAGAACCCUAGCUCAAAAAUUAGGAAAACUCCGUAUCCCCUGGAUAUUCGCUGCGUAGCAACCUAGUUCAUCGUGUUCAGCGCAAAAAGUUACCCGGGAACCAGAAUUUUCAGAUUCCUAGCUCUUGAAUUAAUCAAACUCCGUAUCACCCUCACUAUAUCUGAAUUCGCUGCGUAGCGACCCCCAAAACUCCCAUUGCUCAGAUUAUAGUGAUGUUGUAUGUCUUUCGAACCCAAAUUUCACGUAGAUUUCGAUUUUCGAGGUCCCGUGCAAUGAAAAUGACUAGGUUUCUCACUACGUAUCAAUAAAUGUGUUGCUAUGCAGUGAAAAUUGAUACGAAGUUAUCAAUAUUGGGCUUUGAAACCUAGUUCAUCGUGUUCAGCGCAAAAAGUUACCCCGGAACCAGAAUUUUCAGAUUCCUAGCUCUUGAAUUGAGCAAACUCCGUAUCACCCUUACUAUGUCUGAAUUCGCUGCGUAGCGACCCCUGAAAUUUCGCAUUGCUCAGAUUAUAGUUAUGUUGUAUGUCUUUCGAACCAGAAUUUUACGGGGAUUUCAAAAAAUUUAAUAUCGUCUCUCUAAACCGACUCCGUAUCCACUUUCUACAGCAAUUUCGCUGCGUAGCAACCCAAAUGUAAAAUUGCUCAGAUUAUAGUGAUGUUGUAUGUCUUUCAAACCGGAAUUUUACGGAAAUUCCGAUUAUCACAUUUCUAGAGUCUGAAACCGACUCCGUAUCCACUUUCUACAGCAAUUUCGUUGCGUAGCAACUCACUAUAGUCUUGUGGGGUCUCAUUAGAACCCAAAUUUCAUGAAAAAUCCAAAAAAAAUGUUAAUUUUCAGACGCCGCGUCAUAAAUCGCCGUCGCCAAGUCGAAAAAAAGUACGAAGAAUUGGUGAGAGAACAAAGUAUUCCAACAUUAUCCGUAGCUCUUGGACAAUUAUUUGCACCAGCAGAUGAAUCAAGAAGACUCAAACCAAUGAGAAGAGAAGGUACAGUACUUCUAGAGAUCUACAGUAACCCUACAGUAAUCUAUUUUUUUGUAGAUCGUGGAAGAGAAGAAGGUUGGAAUAAUACAAUUGUGAUAAAUAUUCAAUCGGCUACAAAUUUGCCAAUUCGAACUGAUUCUGCAACUCUUCAACCAUUUGUUUUGGUGAUUUUUGGCGGGAAAUCUGUGAAAACUGAAGUUGCUAUUGGAAGACAUCCAAAUUGGCAAUUUACAUCAAAAAUUGUAUUAGAUGAGGAAGAUUCGAGAGAUGAGUUCAUUGAAGUCAAGAUUUAUGAUCAGGUGAGAGAUUUUUUUCAUUUUUGAGCGCGGAGAGCCAGAUUUUCGAAAUCCCCGCGAAAUUCCGCUUCGAACGACACCCCACAUUGAUAUAAUAUGAGAAAAUGCUAUUUUAGGUUGCUACGCAGCGAAAGUUGAUACGUAGUGAGAGUUCUAGAAUGUUUCUGGAUCUGAAAACUAAAAAUUUGGAUUCCUCGUGAAAUUUGGGUUUGAAAGACAUACAACAUCACUAUAAUCUGAGCAAUUUGAAAUCGGAGGUUGCUACGCAGCGAAUUCGAGUAUAGUGAAGGGGAUACGGAGUUUGAUUAAUUCAAGAGCUAGGAAUCUGAAAAUUCUGGUUCCGGGGUAACUUUUUGCGGUGAACACGAUGCGCCUAACAACGCACACGUUUAAUUUCUCCGUAUCCAAAUUCGCUGCGUAGCAACACGUUGUUUUUGAUACGUAGUGAGAGUUCUAGAAUGUUUUAGGAUCUGAAAACUAAAAAAUUCAGAUUCCUGGUGAAAUUUGGGUUUGAAAGACAUACAACAUCACUAUAAUCUGAGCAAUGGGAAUUUUAGGUGUUGCUACGCAGUCAAUUUUGAUACGUAGUGAGAAGUGUAGAGACUUACAAGCUUCAUGUGCUCAAAAUUCAGAAUCCUCGUGAAAUUCCGGUUCGAAAGACACCCCACAAGCCUAUACUCCGAGCACUUUGGGUUGCUACGCAGCGAAUUUAGGUAUAGUGAAGGGGAUACGGAGUUUGCUCAAUUUUAAGGAUAUUGUUAAGAAAUUUGGGAUUCAGGAGUAAUUUUUCACGCUGAAAACGAUGCGCUGGGUCUCAACUCUUGAAAAUCUAGUUUUGGAAAAAAUAGACCCCCCUGACGUAAUAGAGGGGGGGGGGUACCUGGUUUUCAAACUUCUAACAUUUCCUUUUAAAAAACAGGCCCCCUGGCUAAAAUUUCACGAGGAAACCGAUAAAAAUGGUGAAAUUUGGUAGAUCCAACUGGAAAAUGUCCUCCUGGCUUAAAAUUUUAUCCCAACCGCUCCAGUUUUCAGAUAAUCGAAGAACUCGACAGAGAUGAUCGUCUUCACAAUGUGAUUCAUGAGCAAUUAACCUCCCGUCUCUUAGCUUCCACAAAAAUCCGCUUCGAUUCCCUGACCACCGUAUCAAAAAUCAAUUCCCCCGUCAAAUUAUGGCUACCAAACUACAUUUCAAACUACAAAAUGUCCGCAGAGCCGAGUUUUUUGAAACUUUUGCUCUCAACACAAAUUGCUUCGAAAUAUAAUAAUCUGGAUUAUAGACAAAGUCAACAUUCGACUGAAAAUGCGAAAAUUUUGGAGAAAUGCAGGGAAUUGCAACAAUCGUUGCGGGACCAAUUUCCAAAAAGAAUUUAUCGACCUUUAGUGGUGGAUAUUCAUGCGAAAAGUGUCAUUUGUUGUAGGUACGGUAGUUUUGGGCGGGAAAAAUGAUCUUGGCGCGAAAAAACUACAGUAACCCUUUUUGGAGCCAACAUCUACAGUACUUCUAGAAUGCAAAAAUUCCAAAUUUAUCUACAGUAACCCUAUUUUAUUAUUGAAAAUUCUGAAUUUUCAACAGCCAAAAUCUACAGUAACCCAGAUUUUUUGACCCCAAAUGAGCCUGUAGGUACUGUAGGUUUUGUGAAAAGAAUCUGGGAUUUUUCGAACUUGGGAUUACUGUAUGCUGAAAACUACAGUAACCCUAGGCGUAGUCGGUACUCAUAAAUCCCCAAAUUUAUCUACAGUAACCCUAUUUUAUUAUUGAAAAUUCUGAAUUUUUCGCGCCAAAAGUUACAGUAACCCAGAUUUUUUGAGUCCAUCUGAGCCUAGAGUUACUGUAGAUAUUGGCGCGAAAAAAUCUUUCGGUCCUACAGUAACCCUGGCCUUGUUUUGUUUCGAAAAAUUCGGGAUUUUUCGCGCCAAAAGUUACAGUAACCCAGAUUUGUUUCAGUCUAACUGAGCCUAGAGGUACUGUAGAUUUUGGCGCGAAAAAAUCUUUCGGUCCUACAGUAACCCUGGCCUUGUUUUGUUUCGAAAAAUUCCUGAAUUUUUCGCGCCAAAAGUUACAGUAACCCUAGGCUUGUUUGGUCUCAAAAAAUUCGGGAUUUUUCGCGCCAAAAGUUACAGUAACCCUAGGCUUGUUUGGUCUUAAAAAAUCCAGGAUUUUUUCGCGCCAAAAGUUACAGUAACCCUAGGCUUGUUUGGUCUCAAAAAUCCAGGAUUUUUCGCGCCAAAAGUUACAGUAACUUCUCAUUUUUUUUCCAGAUAUCUUCGUCCAAUAAAUCCGCCUCCAAUAAUAAUGCAAGAAUCCUCAAAACUUCAAAUUUGUCAAUUAUCCGCAAAUAUAAUUUCAACUCUUCCAAUAAUCUCUAAUUCAAAUGGGUCUCACAGCGAUAUUUGGAGUACUGUAGAUCAACUAACAACAAUUGGAAUAUGCGGAGGAAUUGAGGAAAAAUCGAUAUUGUUGGCCUGUUGGCUGAUGCAUUUCAAAAUUAAAAUUUGGAUUUUGUUGGGCGAAAAAUUGGGUGAAAAAUGUGGAUUUGUGGUGGCGGAACUCGAAAAUUCUCAACAAAAAAUAUUGAUUGAUCCAAAUGAUGGUUUUAUUUUUCAAAAUUUGCAUGAUUCAAAUUGUGGUUUCGAGAAAAUUUGGGGAGCUUUUGAUGAAAAGAAUUAUUAUGCAAAUUGUCAGGAAUAUGAUAAUAUUCAACAGAUUUCGUUGAAUUUUACGGUUAGUUUGGGUUGCUACGCAGCGAAAUUGUUGAUACGGAACGAGAUUCAGACUCUAUAAAUGUUAUAAUCGCAAUUUUCAUGAAAUUUCGGUUCGUUAGACACCCAACAUCAAUAUAAUCUGAGCAAUGCGAAAUUUGAGUUGCUACGCAGCGAAAUUGUUGAUACGGAGUGAAUUUCAGUUUUUGAGAACCUGAUUUUCGAAAUCAGCGCGAAAUUCCGGUUCGUUAGACACCAAACAUCAAUAUAAUCUGAGCAAUGUGAAAUUUGAGUUGCUACGCAGCGAAAUUGUUGAUACGGAGUGAAUUUCAGUUGUUGAGAACCUGAUUUUCGAAAUCAGCGCGAAAUUGCGGUUUGAUAGAUACCCAACAUCAAUAUAAUCUGAGCAAUGCGAAAUUUGAGUUGCUACGCAGCGAAAUUGUUGAUACGGAGCGAAUUUCAGUUGUUGAGAACCUGAUUUUCGAAAACAGCGCGAAAUUUCGGUUCGUUAGACACCCAACAUCACUAUAAUCUGAGCAAUGCGAAAUUUGAGUUGCUACGCAGCGAAAUUUCUAUAGAAAGUUGAUACGGAGUGAAUUUGAUAAGAUGAGAAUGCGUUUUUUGAAAUCAGUGUAAAAUUCCGGUUCGUUAGACACCCAACAUCAAUAUAAUCUGAGCAAUGUGAAAUUUGAGUUGUUACGCAGCGAAAUUUCUAUAGAAAGUUGAUACGGAGUGAAUUUGAUAAGAUGAGAAUGCGUUUUUUGAAAUCAGUGUAAAAUUCCGGUUCGUUAGACACCCAACAUCAAUAUAAUCUGAGCAAUGCGAAAUUUGAGUUGCUACGCAGCGAAAUUUCUAUAGAACGUUGAUACGGAGUGAAUCUCUGACGUUGAAAUUGUGAUAAUCGGAAUUUUCAUGAAAUUUCGGUUCGUUAGACACCCAACAUCAAUAUAAUCUGAGCAAUGCGAAAUUUGAGUUGCUACGCAGCGAAAUUGUUGAUACGGAGCGUGUUUCAGCCUUUAAAAAUGCGCUAAUCUUAUUCUCCAUGAAAUUCCGGUUCGUUAGACACCCAACAUCAAUAUAAUCUGAGCAAUGUGAAAUUUGAGUUGCUACGCAGCCAAUUCAAGUAUAUAGGGAGGUGGAUACGGAGUUUCCUCAAUUUUGACGGAAAAAAGUACCCGGGGGUAAUUUGAGGCGCUGAAAACGGUGCAACUGUUUUCAAAAGCUGAAAAUCAAUUUUUUUUGCAGAAAACUGCGAACUGGAAGCCUCUUCUUGGACCAUCCGACGAAUCCUUGGAAACAAUUCAACCCUCAAUAGCUCGCUAUGAAAAACUAUCAGAAGAUUGGAUUCUGGAGUUAAGAAUCGGGUUGGAAAGAGAGAUCAAACUGAAAUUCGAUGAAUCGCGAACACAUUCAAUUCCCCAAUGGAAUUUAGUAGCAUCACGGCAACUUCGAGAAAUUCUGGAAAAUCCACGGGACCCUCCAGAAGAAAAAUUGGCACGGCUCAAAGAUGCAUAUCGAAUUCAACUAUUUAUUCUGGAUUUCGCGUAUCUCUCAAUUCCCGAUUGUAUUUCACAAGUUCUCGCGACAAAUUUGCACUUGAGCCCUGAUAAAAAUGCACAAUUUGCACUGUCUGUCAAUUUGCUCGACUAUUUUUCGCAUAUUUUGAGAGCACAUAUUGCUAUUGCAAUUUUGAAACCAAAAAAAUAA